CUUAUCUGUCAUCAUCUCGCACGAAAGCCCAGAAAAGGACGAAAUCCAGGCGAGAGGCCCACGAUGCAGUCGACGGUGAUCAGCCCUUUUUCGUCAUACUCGUGCGCUGGCUCAAAGGCCGUGUCUAUAUUGCUCCUUCCGUUGCCCCUACCGAGUCUCGUGGGAAUGACGAUGUCUCAGACAGCCGUCUGGAUCCACAGCCUGGUUAUACAUGCCAUAUGACAAAAUGGACGCGGAUGGACCCUCUAGAUCCGGCAAAGAUGACACUGGAAGAAGCAUUUCAAAUUAGUCAGGUGUAUCUGUACGAGUACAAUGAUGAAAUGGAGCUGUUAGACACUCCAGAACACAUUGUUCCAUUUGCUGUGGUCAGCUGCCGUUGGAAGCCGCCCCAUUCUGAUUCCGGUGGCGGUGCUGCCGGUGUAAAUGAUGCGGCCAUCAUUAAGACCUCACAUCACUACGACGCAAAUGAUGGCGCCAUCCUGCUUACCAAACAGCGCAAAGCAUCGCGUUCUGCCAUCACUUUUUCGUCCGAUGGUCUUUCUCGCGCACUUUCUGCAGCUUAUGACAGUGACUCACCCCCUUCUUGGCCUUCCGUGCUUCGAAGGCAAAAUCUGUCACCAUCGACACCAAGUCCUCACAGGCGCAGUCUCUUAGGAACCCCAUCGCCUUCACUGCUGCCUACACCAACGGCGAAUCUUAUCAAUAACCAAUAUGAUUCGCGAGCUAUCAAUAAAAGGGACGGCAUUUUGCCUAUACCAACUCUACAACCGAUUGCAACGCAGUCACGUCCCAUUUUUGAACGUCUUCACUCUGAACCGGAUUUGUCUCAUCCUGAAAGUCGGCUGUUUCGGUCAUCAUUCCAACCGGACGCAGCCGUCAUUUCUGGUCGGGCGUUGCAGCUUGCUGUGGGUCAGUCUGAAAGGAUCGGCGUACAACCAUGUCAUCCUUCUAGCGACGGACACCAGCGUUAUAUCGUUAAUUGCUGCAACCUUGUCUGGCCAAUCAGAAGUGAGGGUUCUGAGGUCCAACUCUGGCAACUUCCUCUCGAGAUAAUCUCUUAUCGACAUCCUGGUUUCUCGGUAUACGAGGGAAUACUUCAACCACGAUUUCUCAUUACUGGUCUGGUAUCCUUAACAAAACUGCAUUAUGAGUUGGCGGGCCUCGAAGAACCAUCGCCUGAAGAGAACCUCGAUCCACGGACGAAGGCAAAACUCGCGGUUUGUCCCUACGUUUCUAUCGAUCGUCUCCGCGAGUGGACCAUUCCCGGAAUCGAGAAAUCUGAAAACCAAUCGAAACCCGGCAGAUUUGCUGGCUACUGGGGCAAUUAUUUCCUGUUUACUUUGCCCGAUCUCACAACCCAACGUUGCGAGGUGGCGAAGCUCUGUGAAAUCCUGCGUGCAAAACAGCUUGCUUGCGUAAUCCGUAUGCCGUGCAAUUCGAACGCCGCUCUUUUCAUUUUUCCGGAUUCUGACUUCUCGCGUUCCCUAGGCAUUCCGCAACUAGACAGCCUGGAAUCCGAUUCAUAUCAUGGAAUUUUGCUUCUCCCUCACUCACUCAACAUGACUUAUGGAAGCAAAUGCAGCUGCAAACAAUCACCCAAGUUGGCCAAUUUUGCAGAUCCGUUGGUGCUACAGAAGACUACAGAGUCCCAAUCUGAUUUGGUCGGAGUCAACAUCAUCGCCUUGUCCUCUCUAGUUGCGGCACUACCAGAUGGCGGCAAAGGCCUGUUGCGAAAAACUCAAGAAUUUUAUGACGUCAGCAAGUCGCAACUAUCGCCCAAGCAAGAGGCUCCAAUCCAGCUUCCCUCUGAAGACGUCGACGCUAGCAGAAAUGUGGAAUCCCCUUCAAAAGACUUUUCGAGUGCUCUUCUACGUUCUGACUACGUUGGCAGCAAAGACGAUGAUCAAUUUUUCUCCCGUUCAUUUGGUAGUAUGGAAUUGACAAAACAAGAACCCAGCCCCAGUGCAGAAGGACAGGUCUUCGAUGUAGUGCCUAGACCUGGGCCUGCGUACUAUAUUGAUCUUUCCAAUGAUUCUCCUGAAAAGGCGCCAUCUACCUUGCACAUUUCACCCAGCCCGCGGUCAAUGAGCAUAUCUCCUGAAGAAGUGAUUAAUACACCUCCCCCAUCAGAAAAUCCCGUCCAGGUGGAUGGUGUUGCGUGUUUUGAUGAGCCCGAAGAUACUCCAACCCGUCAGUCAUCACCGGCUAAGUCAAGUGACAUGGAUUUGGAUUCAUCUUGCGAUUCUCCCGGCAGCACUCCAAAGAAAGUUCGAGAGAGCGUGUUUAAGAAGUCUUUUAAGUUGUCUUACGAUGGUCAUACCUCACCUUUGGCCCAAACAGACCAAGAUCGAAAGCGGCCGUUAGAAAUUCCCAAACCACAUGUCCCUCCGGCUCCUGAAAAGUACUCCCCGCUUUCCUUUACCGAUACCUUUAUAAAACAGACCAACAUUGUGCGAAAUACCUACUCAACUCCCAUAAAGUCACCCUCGAUUAAACUCGUCUCGCCCGUUUCCAACAAACCGACCACCGAAAAGCCCACAGUGGUUUUGGGUGACUCUAGUGCAAUUGUUCCUACUCCUUCCUUGACUCUGCCGAAAUCUGCCGUUAUUGAUAGCGGAGGGUCAGGCGUUAACGUAGCCUUUGGACUAGAAGGGCCGGGAUGCGGUAUGCGAGUGGGUCAGGAAGCGCCCCCUUGCAAAGCGCUCUUUGACAGGAACUCUCCUCGAUGUGACACUGAUUUCAACACAGACGUCAGAAUAUCAAACCCUCUUCUGCGCUCCCGCUCACCACAGUUUUCCGGUGAGUCACCACCUCCAAAACGACCAGUACCUGACUUGUCUACCAUAGGCCAUACACCCGUCGGAGACCUGCAGGGAACAGACUCGGUCCCACCUAUACAGAAUCUAGAAGGCUGUACCGCGAUUUUGCCGUGUCCAGACGCAUUUUUUCCUCCUUCAUAUGCUCCAACAUCACCAGGUAAUUCCCGUCUGCUACCCUACGGUCGGUCGCUCUCCACGGGAAAUAGCCUAGAUCCACCCCCCUCCUGGAAAGAUCGGGAAAUGGUAAUGGUACCAUCCACUGCGAAUUCGCUCCUUAUGCCUCUCACGCCGGCUGUGCGGUUGACCCCUGAUAGUUCUACUGACAAACCCUUGGGCUUUGCCGACAUCGACGCACGGGUUCUUCCUCCCGCUUUUAAUGAUUCUCUGGGGACCCCAACGAAAGACGAACCUGAUAGGAGUAAUUUAGAGAGCUUAAAUAAUCCCACACAAAUUCAAGAGUUGGGUUGCCGAGUCCCUCCGUUUGGAGGC